AUGGCUUCCCUCGCAAGGCUUCGUCUGGCUCACAGACUCUCCCGUGCCGCCCGCCCACUCACCCGCUCAGUCCAAACCUCCGCCGACACAACCCAACUGCACUCCUCCCCCUCGGACCCCUCCCACCCAUUCACCCUAAAACUCCACGAAGACUCCUUCCAGUCCUACCAAUGCGACAAACCCGAUUUAGAAGUCCAACUGACGAAGGACGAGUUACUUUUGAUGUAUAGGCAGAUGCAGACGAUGCGUAGGAUGGAGAUGGCGGCUGAUGCCCUGUACAAGGCUAAGCUUAUUCGUGGGUUUUGUCAUUUGGCUAUUGGUCAGGAAGCAGUCUCAGUCGGCCUGGAACACGGUAUCCUCCCCAACGACAGGGUAAUAACCGCCUACCGCUGCCACCCCUUCGCCGUCAUGCGAGGCGGCACCAUCAAAGGCGUCAUAGGCGAGCUCCUAGGCCGACAAGACGGCAUGUCCCACGGUAAAGGAGGGUCCAUGCACAUCUUCACUCCCACCUUUUUCGGAGGUAAUGGGAUUGUGGGUGCACAGGUGCCUAUUGGUGCUGGCGUGGCGUUUGCGCAAAAGUAUAGGGGGGAGAAGAAUUGUACCUUUGCGCUUUAUGGUGAUGGCGCGAGUAAUCAGGGUCAGGUGUUUGAGGCGUUUAAUAUGGCAAAGUUGUGGAACCUACCGACUAUCUUCGUCUGUGAAAAUAAUAGGUACGGAAUGGGAACCUCGGCUGCCCGCAGCUCCUCCAAUACCGAGUAUUAUACCCGUGGAGACAAGAUUCCGGGCUUGCAGGUCAACGGCAUGGACAUCAUCGCGACCAAACAAGCCGUCGCUUACGCCCGCAAAUGGGCCGUUGAAGAUGAUAAAGGCCCGCUUUUGCUAGAAUUUGUGACCUAUCGAUAUGGAGGGCAUUCGAUGUCCGACCCCGGAACCACUUACCGUACUCGCGAAGAGGUCCAGCGCAUGAGGAGCACUCAAGACCCUAUCCGCGGACUGCAGAAGUAUAUCGAGGAGUGGGGUAUGGCUACUGAACAGGAACUUAAGGCUCUCGACAAAGCAGCCAAAGCCGAAGUUGACGCCGCCGUUGAAGAGGCCAAGGCUUCCCCUGAACCGCUCAUUAAGGAUCUCUGGACCGAUAUUUACUACAAGGGGACCGAGCCUCCUUAUAUGAGGGGUAGGGAGAGGGAGGAGGUUCAUGUUUACUAA